AUGACAAACGGAUUGUACAUUAAAAGCACAACUGAAAAUCAAAGUUCCAAAACUCAAAACAAUAAAGAUGAAUGGAGUGUUUUUAAGCAAAAACUCGGAUUAACCAAUCAAAAAGUUGAACUAUUAAAGUCUCAAAAGGACCAACAGGGUACUAUGGAGUUAUUGAAUAGAUUUAUAGAAGAAAAUCCCAAAUACAAUGGAAAUAAAGACACAGCUGUGGAAACCACAAACCAGGAAUCUUCCAAUCAUUUUCUACAAAUUUAUCACAAUCUGUUAAAACAGCUAAAACUCUCACGCAGCACAUUGAAGACUUCGCUCAAUUUCGAAUUGGCUGAUAAGUCACAAAAGAAUCUUAAACGUUCCCGCCGUAAGAUUGCAGUUAAAAUGGUUUCCGAUAUGCCAACUGAAAAAAUUGACGAUUUACUCAAAAUGUUUAAUGAAAAACAUGGCAUUAAUAAUCAGGACAAUGGCGACGAUGAUGAUGCUGAUGGCGAUGCCAUAGAAGCUGAUGGCGACUACAGCGAUUUUCCCAUGAUCCUACCCUCAGCUAUGGAUCCCGAUUAUAUGUAUGAAAAUCUUUACGAAGACGAAGAAGAUUUAGCUGUCCCUGCCAAAUCACAUCACAAUUCUCAAUAUGGAUCUUUGCAAGAUUUAAUACUGCAGGCCAGUCGCAACCAGUGGCAGCGUGAAAUCGAAGAAACCAAGUUGCGCAAUCGCAAUAAUGAGCAUUUCAUUUAA